UGAUGCAAAUAGAACAUGAAAGUGAAAGUGCCGAAAUAAAAGAGAGCGAGUUAUGUUUUAACACUUCUCAUCAUGAUUGUUUUCUGUGUUAUUGUCCUCCUCCUUCCCAUUUGUGGGUCAGUGCCGUCGAGUGGAUGGGUUCAGUCUCCUGGACACCCACGAGGGUAUGAUCCCGAUUCCAGCCUGACUUGGAAAGAGUGUGCUCCAACCGGACACAAAAUCACACUCACUCUCGUACAUUUGGACCUGGAAGAAAGCUUUGAGUGUGAGGACGAUUCCUUGAAGAUAUUUGCAGAUGAUAAGCUGCUUUUUAAUCUGUGUGGACGCAAGUCCAUGAAGGAGCUGCAGAGGUCUAUCAACCCUUCGCUCAGCUCCUCCUCUGGAGGUUGUCUCUCUGUUUCCUUUCUCGCAGACUACUCAAACCCUGAGAGACACACUGGAUUUCGAGGCUUUUAUGCCAUUCAGGAUGUUGAUGAGUGUGAGGACCCUGAUAAUGAGUGUACCCAUCUCUGCAAUAACUACAUUGGAGGUUAUCGCUGUUUCUGCAGACCAGGUUACAGCCUUGACCCUGAUAAGCACACCUGCCAAGUUAGCUGUAGUGAAAAUCGCACAGGCUCUCUAGAAGGUGUGCUGAUGUCACCUGGCCGGCCCGAGCCGUAUCCUGAAAACUCUGUGUGUUCUUACACUCUGGCUGUAGAGGAAGGUCUGCAGUUUGAGCUCACGUUCACAGGCGUGUUUGAUGUGGAAAUGAACGAGAACGGACAGUGUAUCGACUCAUUAACUAUAAAACCUGUCUCUGGGGAUGUUAAGACAUUUUGCGGAACGGAUCUCCCUCCGUUCUUCCUCACAAGGUCUCAACGUGUUGAGAUUAUCUUCAGGACAGACGAUAAAGGAGCAAACCGAGGAUUUAGCCUCAGUUACACAGUGAAAGAGAUGAAUUGUGUUGGACCUGUGACGCCAACAUCUAGUCUGAUUUCACAGCAUUCUGAUUCCAAAUUUCCCACGGGCUCCAAGGUUAAAGUGAAGUGUGACAAAGGACAUGUAUUACAAUCAACACUUUCUGUUUCACAGAAGGAUUCAGCCGAGGUUGAGUAUGAAUCCACAUGCCAGAGUAAUGGAAAUUGGAGUCCUGUUAUCCCCUGUGAACCCGUGGAUUGUGGCAAUCCAGAGCUUCCUGAAUUAGUGGAGCUAUCAGAAAAUGAUCCCCCAACAACUUAUCUGAAACAAAUCAGUUUCAAGUGCAAAUCUCAGUAUUAUCAACUGGAUAAAACUGGCAGUUUUACCUGUAAUGCUGAUGGUAAUUGGGUGUCUGAGAGUGGUCAAAAUUUAUCAGAAGAUUUGCCUAAAUGUGAACCAGUCUGUGGAAUGAAUACAGAAGUCUCUUCUGGUGGCAGAGUCUAUGGUGGGAAGCCAGCCACACUGGGGCAGAUUCCCUGGCAGCUCUUACAUAAGUCAACUCCCAGAGGUGGUGCGUCUCUGAUCAGUGAUUACUGGGCUCUAACUGCUGCUCAUGUGGUGGAUGGAUAUGAAGAAAACCCUAUGAAUUGGUUUGGAGGACUAAUUGAUGGUCAGGACAAAAACCCAGUCAUUAUGGUGACAGAGAAGAUCAUAAUUCACCCAAAUUAUCAGAAAGUUGGUAAAAAUGUAAUACCAAACAAUUUUGAUAAUGACAUCGCACUCAUCAAAAUGUCUGCCAGGGUGACACUCGGUCCAAACAUCAGGCCAGUGUGUCUGCCAAACAAAACAGAUGAACUUGUGGAGGAGGGCACAGUCUCAGGUUUUGGUAGAAUGGUAGAAAAUGGAAAGGAAAGGAGGAGUCAAUAUCUGCUUCAUGGACUUGUUGAGAUAUAUUCAUCUUCUGAUAAAUGUCAUUCAAGAGGUUUACCUGUCACUCAUAACAUGUUCUGUGCUGGAGGAGAUCAAGUAGACAGUUGUAAAGGUGACAGUGGAGGUCCUUUGUUUUCCCCUGUUCUGGGCUAUGGGUCUCCAGAAAAGCCUUAUCGUCUCGCAGGCAUUGUAUCAUGGGGUCCUCCUGGAUGUGGAAAGGAAAGCUUGAAGGGCUACUAUACUAAAGUCCAAAACUACCUGGGUUGGAUCAAAGAAACCAUGGAAAAAAACCUCACGACUGCAUUAAGUGAAACAGUUAUUGACAUCCGCAUAGCUGUUAUGGAUGGAAUUCAUCGAAUAAUUUGGAUUUGCCUGCUGUGGGCUUGUGUGAAUGUGUGUGAAUGCAAGCCGGCCUUGUUUGGAGAAGUGUCUUCUCCACAGUACCCUCAGCCAUAUCCAGAGGAUCUCCAAGAACAGUGGGACCUGGAAGUGCCUCAAGGCUACCAGAUCAAGCUAACAUUCAAUCACCUGGACAUUGAGCCCUCUCCAAACUGUUACUACGAUUCUGUCUCGGUUUUGUCUGAUGAGAAGGUUCUGGGGAAGUUCUGUGGGCAGAAUUCCACCGACAGGUUUCACCCAGGUGAAAAGCCCAUCCUGGCUCCCGGUAACCGUCUCCAGCUGGUUUUUCUGACGGACGACUCAAAUCAAGAGUCACACUUGGGAUUCACUGCAUUCUACCAGGCUCUUGACAUAGAUGAGUGUUCAUCGUCCAGUGUGUUGAAAGAUCCACCAUGUUCACAGAUAUGUCUCAACACUCUUGGCUCCUACCUGUGUGCAUGUCACCAUGGUUACACACUAAAGCCCGACCAACGCACCUGUGCCUUGGACUGUGGAGGUGGGGUACACAGUGAACUAGAGGGGACCAUCUCCAGUCCCGGUUACCCAGACAUGUCCCCACCAGAUCUGGACUGCAUCUACAGCAUCUCUGUGCAGCCAGGCUUUAUUAUCACUCUCAACUUUAGCCAGAACUUCCAAAUAGAGCAGGUCUACAAUCAAGGACCAACCUGCCUCUACCACUGGCUGCAAGUGUCUGUCUUAGGAAAAGAUCAGAAGUACUGCGGAGAAAAAAGCCCUGGGGUCCUCGACACUGGCACUCACUCUGUCCAGCUGGAGUAUCACACUGACAGAUACGGACAGAGCCAGGGCUGGAGCUUACAUUACACCACACAGAGGGUGAAGUGUCCGCAUCCGGGCAGUAUCAGCCAUGGAAAAGUCACACCAGUUUUUGCCCAGUACUUGUACAGAGACUACAUUCAUGUGCGAUGUAACCCAGGAUACAAGCUCAUGAUGGGAGAGAAAGAGAUUGCAAGUUUUAAGUCCAUGUGUCAGAGUAAUGGACAAUGGCAUUUGACACUGCCAGAGUGCAAGAUUAUUGACUGUGGAGAACCAAAGCUGCUGCCUAAUGGAGGCUUUCAGUUUAUCAGUGGAGAACACAACGAAUAUCUCUCUGUCAUAGAGUAUCGCUGCAAUGAGCCUUACUACAAAUUUAAGGAUACUCCUAGAGUAAGUUUCAAGUGUGCAAGUGACCGGAAAUGGACAGAAGACAACAACAUUGAUGUUAUUCCUCGUUGUUAUCCUGUGUGUGGAAUGAAUACAGAAGUCUCUUCUGGUGGCAGAGUCUUUGGUGGGAAGCCAGCCAAACUGGGGCAGAUUCCCUGGCAGCUCUUACAUACGUCAGGUCCCAGAGGUGGUGCGUCUCUGAUCAGUGAUUACUGGGCUCUAACAGCUGCUCAUGUAGUGGAUGGAUAUGAAAAUGACAACAUGACUUGGCUUGGAGGAAUGAUUAAGGAUGAUGACAAAAACCCAGUCACUAUGAAGGCCGAGAAGAUCAUAAUUCACCCCAAUUAUUAUAAGGUUGGUCGGGGUGGUUCUCCAACAACCUUUGACAAUGACAUUGCUCUAAUCAAAAUGUCUGCCCAGGUUCCACUCGGUCGAAACAUCAGGCCAGUGUGUUUGCCAAAUCAAACACAUGAACUUGUAAUGGAGGGCACAAUGGGUAUUAUAUCAGGUUUUGGGGGGUUUGAUGGGAAGAUAAAAAGUACAAUUUUACGAUACGGGCUUGUUCAGGAAUAUACUCUUGAUAAGUGUGAAUCAGGGGAUCUGCCUGUCACAGAUAACAUGUUUUGUGCUGGAGACGAUGUUAAAAGUGUUGACAGUUGUAAAGGUGACAGUGGGGGUCCUCUGUUCUUACCCAUGUUGGGCUAUGGAACUAAAGAGCAGCCCUAUGAGGUGAGGGGCAUUGUGUCAUGGGGUCCUGAAAAAUGUGGCUCUAAAGGUUUCUACACUAAAGUGCAGAACUAUCUUGACUGGAUAGAAGAAACAAUGGCAAAUAAUUAGCAUAAAAGCUCAUUAAAUAAAAUUGGUGCCUAAUUCUGUCUAUUCUAAUUUGUUAAAAUGGUACAAAAUAAACUAGCAAAGAUGA